AUGUUCGGCUCCAACGACAACGAGAACGACCGAAGCUCCUCCAACCAGGAAAGCAGCUAUGGAAAUUCUGACUCCAAUAGCUCUAGUGGCUAUGGUGGAAAUGAUUCCUCAAUUUCAAAUGAAAAUAGCUAUGGCUCUUCCGACUCAACUUCGACCAGUGGAGGAUAUGGAGCAAGCAACAGUAACAACGACAACGAUAAAAGUGGAGGGUCAUACGGCUCGUCAGAUUCCAGUUCGAACUCGAACUCCAACCCGGGUGAAGGGAGAUAUGGGGGUGGCAAUGAUGAUAAUGAGACCUCAUCGAAGUCGAACUCGGGUAGUGGUGGAUAUGGAGGAAGCAACGACAACAAUGAGAGAUCAGGAGACUCAAACUCCAAUUCGAAUGAAGAAGGAUACGGAGGCAACAGCAAUGAUUAUGGGAGUUCCAACUCGAACUCCUCGAGUGGAUUUGGGGGUUCGGGAGGUUCCUCUGGACGAUUUGAGAGCAAGAUUGAGCAGAAGAGCAUGGAAGCAGCUGAGGGAUAUGCCAAGAAAGAGGGUUGGUAA